UUAUAAAAUGAUUAUCUGGCAACGAUUUUCAAUUUUUUUUGACAAUACGUUGUUUUGCAUUUUAGGUGACGAUAUACACAGACCAAAUCCUCAACUCAGGAUUCCUGUUAUAUUUUUAAGAUUUUAUUAAUUUUCAAUUACAUAUAUAUUUUGUCCAUAAAAAGUCUUCCCCAGCAUAAUUCAUAUGAUUUCUGCUUAAGAAUGUUUCAUAGAUAAAGAGCUUAUAAAACCUGAUCAAAACUUUCCUGAGAAUAAACAAAUAAAACAAGAAACAGUUCUGCUGUUUGAAAGAAACGUGCAACACUGCCUUUUGUUCUCAACUGUCAAUACAAAAUACAUAUUUACCAUCUAUGUAUGUGACACAACAUUUACAUAACAUACAAAGCAAAUAUAUAUAUACAUUACAUAUGGUAUAUAUAUGCAAAAUAAUAAUUACAAUGACAUGAACAAAAUGAACAAAAAAUAUGAAACACAAAUGUACAUAGGUAUUCGUAUGUAGACUUAAGCCAUAUACAUACAAUAUGUAUAUACAUGUAUAUUAUGUCUACAUGCAUAUAUGUACAUAUACAUAAAUAUGUAAGUAUGCACAUAUGUAUAAUUCGUUAAAGAUCGUUUCGAUAAUGUGAAAACUAUUCCUAUUUGCAGAAAAGAGAAGACUAUAAAAAAACAUGUAUUAAAUAAAAAACGGAAUAAAAUAAAAGUUUUAGAUGCGUAAUAAACUGAGUGGUGGUGUUUUUAAAUAACGAGUUGUUCCUAUUCACUAAAUAAAAUGAAUUUAUGUAUGUACAUUUACAUCCAAAUGUAUGUAGAUUGAGUUAUAUGGGAGAUCCCAAGAGAGGAUGCUAUUUCACCCGGCCAAGGGCGUUAUUUCGAGAAUCUAACCCUGUUUAGAUCGCCCAACCUUGAAAAAUUUGAAAGCUCUUCGACCGGAUUAUAUUUUUAUGAUUGAGAAAAUCUUUUCAUUUUGCAAAACUACUCUACUGGGCAACCACGCACGAACUCCCGUAUAAUCGAUAUUAUUUUAUGUGCUCGUAUAAAUUUCUCCACAUCAUGUCUGUUCCAGUUGAUUCGUUGUGUAUUGAGCUGUUGACUUUAAAUAAAUUUGUUGUUCAUAUUGAAGUUUAUAAUUUAUUAUAUAAAAUAAUAUUAGAUUUUUUUUACUUAAAUACAUACAUACAAAUAUUUGCAAAUAUUUUUUAUAGAUCUUUAAUCGAUUAAGAACAACAAUAACGUGAAAUCACAAAAAUGCUGCCGAAUAUGCGUACACGACGAAUCGCUGGUCUGCAUUUGACUGGCAAGGGAUAUGGUCCUCAAGCGAAAAUACCACCGAAGUAUACGGAGGAAGACUGGGACUUCAAUAAUCAGGUGAAAUUCCGCAUCACCUGCGAUCAGGAACGUUUAGCGGAGCGUAUUGUAGAAGAAUCACAACGGAUUGUGGAUGAAACCAAAGACACUACUAAAAGUUGGCAGCGUGAAGUGGAGCAUCAUAUGCGCGAGCGCACUAGCGAAAUUCGCUUUUUAUUAGAUGAAUUGAAUAGGCAAAAGAAAACGGCCAUGCUGGAGGAUGAGGCGCUGAAUACAUAUCGUAAUCGUGUACUCAACGCUAUCGAUUUUCUGAAGGAGAAAUCGUUGGCCAUAAAUCAGCGUUGUCAGAUACUGCGAGAAGGUCGUAUUGGAGUGGACCUGUGCGAUGACGAGGUGGAUCGUUGUUUGCGUCGCGAGUUGAAGGUUAUUAAAGGCUGUCAGUGUUUAAUGGAUCGUUCACUGAAAGAGGCAAACGAACAGAUACGUAGUCUACGCGCCACAAUGUAUUUGUUAGAUAAGGAUCUGGCACAGAAGGAUAAAUCUCUCUUGAUUGAUGAAAAUAAUUUAACACUGCGAGAGACACAGCGCAAUUUAGGUCACGGAAAAGAUCUAUCGAAUCUUGAAUGUCGUUACUCAUUGGGCGAGUGGCAACAUACAACAUAUAAAAACAUUGAAGACAACGCCAAAGAGUUGAAUUCAGCCUCACAAUUGCGUGCUUAUAUUGAUUUGUUGUUGAAACAGGUGUGCGAGGACAUGCAAAAUCAAACGGAUCGCACCAAUGAGGCUUUCGAACGGCGCAUCGCCGAAAUGAAGCACAUUAAGAAAUGUUUAGAGGAUAAGCACAACGAUUGCAUGACUCAUAUACACGAGCUGCAACGCAACAUUCAGCAGUUGGAGAAGGAGUUGGCCGAUAAGCAACGCUCAUUGACUCUCUGUCAGACGCGUUUGAGUAAUCGUGCACGUCGCCCGGGCCUUGAGCUAACCUGUGAUAGUGUGCAGGAUGCACUCUAUCAUGAAAUGGAGGCCUUGCAAGCAUCAAUAUGUAAACUGAAUCAGAAGAUCAAUGAAAAUAAAGCUUCGUUACGCUAUUUGCUACACGUACAAAUAAUGCAGGAGGAAGAGAUCAAUAUUAAAGCUAACAGCAUCAAAAUUGACGAAGUUGACUGCAUGACCAUUAGGCAAGCCCUGAAAUAUCAAUCGUUCUAAAUUCUAAAGCAAUCGAGUGCAAUCAAUACUAUACAUAUAUUUAUUGAUAUAAUUGUAAUUCCAUGUUAACAUGUGACACAUUCAUAUGUAUAAAGACAUACAUAUGGUAUAUAAAAUCACUGCCAUUUAUUAUGCGUUCUACUACAAAUAAAAUUAGCCGCUUUCUCUA